UGUAAACCACCCCUUCGCUCUCCCUUUUUGUCCCAUUCACUGCCUGCCACCCUCCCUUCUCUCUGCCGCACCCUGUGGCCUCUCUGCUUUGGACUUGGGGGGUUUGCCUGCCUCUAUAAAAGCCCCGUUUGUGCUCGGAGAGAGCUUCAUUCCCCAUCAUGGAGACUCAGAGAUACCAGUCCUCGUACAGGAAGCGUUUUGGGCCCCAGGGCUCGAGCAGCUCAGGAGUCAGAAUUGGGAGUCUUCCUUCCAGUCGGUACUCCUGGCAUGGCAGCCCCCGCAACUUCACCCACUCCAGCCCGAUAUCCAGGGUCUCCUUGGGCUCGACCAGCACGGCCCUGCUCCUGGGGAGCCCCGGGGAGCGGCUGGACUUCUCAGCUGACACCCUGAUGAAGACCCAGUACAAGGAAACGCGCACUAAUGAGAAGAUGGAGAUGAUGGGCCUGAAUGACCGUUUUGCCAGCUACAUCGAGAAGGUGCGCCUGUUGGAGCAGCAGAACAAGGUGCUGGUGGCAGAGCUGAACCAGCUGAAGGGGAAGGAGCCCAGCCGCCUGGGAGACAUCUACCAGGAGGAGCUGAGAGAACUGCGUCGGCAGGUGGACAGUCUCACUGCUGGCAAAGCUCGGCUGGAGAUAGAGAUGGAAAACCUGGUUGCCGAUAUUGGCACCCUCAAGCAGAGGUUGCAGGAGGAGACCAGCCUCCGUCAGGAUGCAGAACAGAAUUUAAAUGCCUGCAGACAGGAUGUGGAUGAGGCGGCUCUUAAUCGUGUCCAGUUGGAGAGGAAGAUCGAUGCCCUGCAGGAAGAGAUGAACUUCCUGAAGAAGACUCAUGAAGAGGAGCUGCGUGAGUUGCAGGACCAGAUCAUGGCCCAUCAGGUGCACGUUGACCUGGAUGUCUCCAAACCCGACCUGACUGCUGCUCUGAGAGACAUCAGGGUCCAAUAUGAAACCAUGGCCACCUCUAAUAUGCAGGAGACGGAGGAGUGGUACCGAUCCAAGUUUGCUGACCUGACGGAUGCAGCCAAUCGAAACACAGAAGCCCUGCGUCAGGCCAAGCAGGAGGCCAAUGAAUACCGGCGCCAGAUGCAGGUGUUGAACUGCGACCUUGAGGCUCUCCGCGGGACAAACGAGUCUCUGGAACGUCAGCUCCGGGAGAUGGAAGACCGCUUCUCCAUGGAGACAACUGGUUACCAGGAUACGGUGAGCCAUCUGGAGGACGAGAUCCAUGCAUUGAAGGAGGAGAUGGCAAGACACCUGCAGGAGUACCAGGACCUCCUCAAUGUCAAGCUGGCCCUGGAUAUCGAGAUUGCCACCUACAGGAAGCUGCUGGAGGGAGAGGAGAGCAGGAUCACCAUUCCAGUCCAGAGCUUUUCCAACCUGCAGUUCAGAGAAACUAAUCUGGACACUAAAACCCCAGAGGCCCAUGUGAAGAGGAGCAUCCUGGUUCGAACUGUGGAGACCAGGGACGGGGAGAUCAUUAAGGAAUCAACAACCGAGCACAAGGAUCUUCCUUAAAGAUUUGCGACCAGUUCUCCCAUCUUGACUUCAGGCACAAUCUGAGGAUUCUGAGCAAGAUUUUUCUUUUUUUUAUUUCCAAACCCCAAAGCUGCCCUUCAUCACAUCAAUUUCAUUUUUCUUCUUCAUCUCUUCUCAUCAUCCUCCACAGUCUAAUAUGUUAACUGCUUUUCAACCAUGAUCUAACCAUUAAAUACACCUAGACGCC